AUGAGCGCCCCCUCCGCCAGGCUUUGCGCCGACCAUCUCGCUGGCACGCUGAGCAAACGCGCUCUUCUCCGUCCCGCCGCUGUACGCACAUCAAGACCAGUCUUCGUCGCGGGUUGCAGGAGGAGUUUCCAUAACGCGAGAACGGCACCGGCUGUUUCGCGCAGAUACGGUGGUCAUGGUCGGUGGAAUGCGGUGAAGCCGAACCCGGCGCAUCAGCGGUGCCUCGCGACCGUUGCGGAGGCUACGGCUGCGAGUCCUGUGGAGGCAUCUGCUGGAGCGAACGGCGGUCCGCUAGCGGAGUAUAAUGCGCGGGUUGAGCAAGGUCGGCUUCGGGAUGACCCGUACCAGAGACAAAUCAUCGGGCAGCUCCAGGAUCUAUACGAGCGUCUCAAGUCGUAUCACGCUCCCGCUGUCGUGCGUCCCAGUAUAGAGUCUCUCGAUGCGCCGCAAAAGAAAUCGUCGUUCUUCGGCUCCCUGUUCAGUAAGGCGCCUGCGAAGCCGGAGACCAAGAUUCCCGAGGAUCUGCCCAAGGGUCUGUAUAUGUAUGGCGAUGUUGGGUGCGGGAAGACGAUGCUCAUGGAUCUAUUUUAUGAGACGUUGCCGCCUAAUAUCUCGUCCAAGUCGCGCAUUCAUUUUCAUAACUUCAUGCAGGAUGUACAUAAAAGGAUGCAUGUGAUUAAGAUGAAGUUUGGUAACGACUUUGAUGCGCUGCCGCUCGUUGCGGCGGAAAUUGCGGAGAAGUCGAGCGUGCUUUGCUUCGAUGAGUUCCAGUGUACGGAUGUUGCGGAUGCCAUGAUCCUGCGAAGACUUUUGGAACUCCUCAUGUCGCAUGGAGUCGUUCUCGUCACAACCUCCAACCGCCACCCCGACGACCUCUACCUCAACGGCAUCCAGCGCGAAUCCUUUAUCCCCUGCAUCACCCUCCUCAAAACCGUCCUGACAGUAAUAAACCUGAACUCUCCGACCGACUACCGCAAGAUCCCUCGUCCUCCGUCCGGCGUCUACCACCACCCCCUUGGCCCGGAAGCCGAACAGCACGCUCAGAAAUGGUUCGACUACCUCGGUGACCCCAUCAAUGACCCUCCCCGCCCCGCGACGCAGGAAGUCUGGGGCCGCAAGAUCAAUGUCCCUCUUGCCAGUGGAAAGGCCGCGAAGUUCAGCUUCCAACAACUCAUUGGGGCUGCGACUGGUGCCGCAGAUUACCUCGAGCUUGUGCGGAAUUACGAAGCAUUUAUUGUUACAGAUGUCCCUGGGAUGACGCUGCACCAACGGGAUCUGGCGAGGAGGUUCAUUACGUUUAUUGAUGCUGUCUAUGAGAGUCGGGCAAAACUCGUCCUCACAACCGCCACCCCACUAACGAACCUCUUCAUCUCCGAAUCCGAAGUCAAGACCUCACUCGACGACAACGGCGAGCACACCGACCUUUCCGACGCGAUGCGCAUGAUGAUGGACGACCUAGGCCUAAGCAUGAAGGCGCUCAAGACGUCGUCCAUCUUCAGCGGCGACGAGGAGCGCUUUGCAUUUGCGCGCGCUUUGUCGCGGUUGUCGGAGAUGGGGAGUAAGGAGUGGGUUGAGCGGGGGCUUGUCGGGAAGGGUGGUAUUGAUGUUGAUGGCAAGGAGAAGAGUGAACAGCAGGCUUAUUUGAAGGCCAGGAGUAGGUGGAGCGAGGAUAACAUGUGA